UCUAGCAACAAUGGAAAAACAAACGCGCGUUGAACUCGUUGUUGGACGAAUUGAAUUAAUCGGUUGAGCUAAAGAUUGCAGUGUUUAAACGUUUGUUUCAGGCUGUUGCUUUAAAUGCCAUGGCGAUAUUCAUAAAAUAGGAGAGUAGCGAUGUUAACUUCUUACCUAAAACGCUGUGAUAAAACAAUUGCAUCAGUGAACGUUCUCCAGUUCGAUUGUACUGUGUCUUGCCGGCGGCAUCAUGAGCUCGCUCUUCGAACGCGUGCUCAAUUUCCUUCAGCGUCGACUGCCUUGUGUCAUGGCCGUUCAGGAACAGGAUGCGGACGUGACCGGCUUUUACGUUCGCCUCUCUGGCGACUUGGAGCCAGAGCCUCCCGAGCAAACUUCUUCCGGCUCAACCAGGAACGCUGCUGUACCGGCCGCUAGGACAGCACUUGCACCGGCCAAGCCUCCGCGGCUCCGAACCGUGAAACCCGUGCCGACGGCCUUCCCGUCCAACUGGAGCUCGAGACGGGGCCGGCCGGACUACGCACUCAGCGAGCCCAAAUUCUUACCGACUGACCGUGGGCCGAGGAAGAGUGCGCCUUACACCAAGGCUGCGUCGGCGAUGCAGUCGUCGCAACUUCUCGCAGAGGCUCCUGUGCAGCGUCGCCGGCUCCUGAAGCCGUCAUCGGCGAGGCCACCCACGCCGUUCGUCGAGUUGCAGCCCGCAGUGCCGUCGCAGUUUCAACACCGGGCGCUGUCGCCAGGCCUGCGGUACGAGUGGCGGGUGUGACACGCGCUGCUGACUUCAUUCCACUCGCCGCUUAGGCGAAAACUUUCAGAUUGACGACGAAGUAAACACCUUCUGAUUGUUGA